AUGGCCGAUAUAGAAUACCUCAAAAGCCAACUGGGCGUCCAUCCUGACUUCCCCAAGAAGGGCAUCGUCUUUCUUGAUAUCUUCCCACUUUUGCGCAAUCCGGUCGCGUUCGAAACACUGAUAACCAACCUUAUUCACCACCUUACAUCGCACACCAUCCCCGCCUCCCCCUCCAAGAAAAUCGAUGUUGUCGUGGGCCUCGAUGCGCGCGGUUUCCUCCUGGGCCCCAUCAUCGCAAUGAGACUGGGUGCAGCAUUUGUUCCCGUCCGCAAGAAGGGCAAGCUCCCUGGCCAGUGUGUCUCGGCGACAUACGUGAAAGAGUACGGCGAAGACUCAUUCGAGAUGCAAAGUGAUGCCAUAAAGCCGGGACAGACAGUGGUCGUUAUCGACGAUCUCAUUGCCACCGGCGGCUCUGCCAAAGCUGCAGGCGAACUGAUCUCUGUCCAAGGCGGCAAAACCCUCGAAUACCUCUUCAUAAUCGAGCUUACGUUCCUCAAGGGCGGCUCCAAGCUCGACGCGCCAGUCUAUUCCAUUGUACAAUCCGACGAUUAA